CAGUAGCAGGACGUGGAGAUCUAAGUCCCCAGAUCCAAGAGACUUCUGUAACUGACACCUGAGCUGAAGUGAGCUGAAAUCGAGGCAAAGAGCCUAGAGCAUCUCCCGAGACUUUCUUUAAAGGGAAAAGUAGAAAUGAAGGUGCAUAUACACACGAAGUUUUGCCUCAUCUGUUUACUGACAUUUAUUUUCCAUCAUUGCAACCACUGCCAUGAAGACCAUGACCAUGGCCCCGAGGAGCUUCACAGACAUCAUCGUGGGAUGACAGAGUCAGAGUCAAGCAAAUUUUCAGUGCAGGAUGCUGAAAAUGAAAAAAAGUACUAUAUUGAAAAACUUUUUGACCGUUACGGUGAAAAUGGAAGAUUAUCAUUUUUUGGUCUGGAGAAACUUUUAACAAACUUGGGCCUUGGAGAGAUCAAAGUUGUUGAGAUUAAUCACGAGGACCUUGGCCAUGAUCAUGUUUCUCACUUAGACAUUCUGGCAGUGCAAGAGGGAAAGCAUUUCCAUUCGCAUAGCCACCAGCAUUUUCACAAUCAUUUAAAUGCAGAAAACCAUACUACGACCAGUGUAACAUCAAAAAGAAACCACAAAUGUGAUCCAGAGAAAGAGGCAGCUGAACUGCCCAUCAAAGCCGAUGAUAAACACCUGCAUGACCGCAAUCACCGCUUCCAUCAUCGCCACCGUUUGCAUCAUCACCUGGAUCACAACACUACUCAUCGAGUUCAUAAUGACUCCAUUGCUCACAGUGAGCAUGGGGAGCCUGGUCACAGCCCUUCACCAGAGACCAAUAAAACACAAGAGCAGUCUGAAGUGAAGUCAGUGAAGGUCAGGAGGAAGGAAAAAGGGAAGAGGAAAAAAGAAAACUCUGAGGUUAAUACACCAGGUUUCCUCCCCAACCAUGAUCACAGUGAGCAAUAUGAGCAUAACCGGGUUCACAAACUUGACCGUGUACAUAGCCCGGGCCAUCCUCAUGCUCAUCUUCCUGAGCACAAUGGUCAUGAGCUUGGCCAUGGACACCAAGAACUUGAUCCUGAUAAUGAAGGUGAACUUCGACAUACUAGAAAGCGAGAAGCACCACAUGUUAAAAAAAGUGCAAUUUAUUCCACCCCUAGCCACAAAGAGCACAGUGAAGAUGACCGCCAGCAUGAAUGUUUGAACGUCACUCAGUUGUUAAAACACUUUGGUCUUGGUCCCAACUCUCCCAUCUCACCGGAUCUAUUCACAUACCUUUGCCCUGCAUUGCUGUAUCAGAUCGACAGCAGACUUUGUAUUGAACAUUUUGACAAACUUUUAGUUGAAGAUUUAAGUAAGGAUAAAACUCUGGUUCCUGAAGAUAAGACAAAUAUAGGGGCAUCAGCAUGGAUCUGUGGCAUCAUCUCUAUCACCGUCAUUAGUCUGCUUUCCUUGCUGGGUGUGAUUUUGGUUCCCAUCAUCAACCAAGGAUGCUUCAAAUUCCUUCUCACGUUCCUUGUUGCACUAGCAGUAGGAACAAUGAGUGGAGACGCCCUUCUGCAUCUACUGCCCCAUUCUCAGGGUGGACAUGACCACAGUAAUCAGCAUACGCACGGACAUGGACAUUCACAUGGACAUGAAUCUAAGGAGUUUUUGGAAGAAUAUGAUGCUGUGUUGAAAGGACUUGUUGCACUAGGAGGCAUUUACUUACUGUUCAUCAUAGAACACUGCAUUCGCAUGUUCAAGCACUACAAGCAACAAAGAGGAAAACAGAAAUGGUUUAUGAAGCAGAGCACAGAAGAAUCCACUAUUGGAAGAAAGCUUUCAGAUCAUAAGUUAAACAGCACACCGGAUGCUGACUGGCUCCAACUCAAGCCCCUUGCUGGAACGGAUGACUCGGUAGUCUCUGAAGACCGACUUAAUGAGACUGAGCUGACGGAUUUAGAAGCCCAACAAGAAUCCCCUCCUAAAAAUUACCUGGGUAUAGAGGAAGAGAAAAUCAUGGACCAUUCUCACAGUGAUGGAUUGCACACCAUUCAUGAGCACGAGAUCCACGUGACCUCACAUAACCACCACGAUGAGGAUAAAGCUGUGCUGAGGAAGCACAACCACCAGUGGCACCACAGACACGCCCAUCAUUCACAGGGGCCCUGCCACUCUGGCUCAGACCUGAAGGAAACAGGAAUAGCCAAUAUAGCCUGGAUGGUGAUCAUGGGUGACGGCAUCCACAACUUCAGUGAUGGCCUCGCCAUUGGGGCAGCUUUCAGUGCCGGACUGACUGGAGGCAUCAGCACGUCCAUAGCCGUCUUCUGUCAUGAACUGCCACAUGAAUUAGGUGAUUUUGCAGUUCUUCUAAAAGCAGGCAUGACCGUAAAGCAAGCAAUUGUGUACAAUCUGCUCUCUGCUAUGAUGGCUUACAUAGGAAUGCUCAUAGGCACGGCAGUCGGUCAGUAUGCCAACAACCUUCCAGAAAUGCUGCAUGGAGAUGGAGACCAUGAGGAGCAUGGCUUCUGUCCAGUUGGGCAGUUCAUUCUUCAGAAUUUAGGACUGCUGUUUGGAUUCGCCAUCAUGCUGGUUAUCGCCCUCUAUGAAGACAGAAUUGUGUUUGACAUCCAGUUCUGA